AUGCUUGUUACUUUCUUUGUUACUUUCUUUAUGUUUCUUUUUUACUUGUUAGUUUCUUCGUUACUGCCUUUCUUACUUGCUUUAUGCUUCUCGUUUUGUUUAUUAGUUUCGUUGUUUGUUACUUUUUUGUUACGUUCUUUGUGUUUCUUUAUUUUUUGUUUUUGUUUCUUUGUUACUUUCUUUAUGUUUCUUUUUUACUUGUUAGUUUCUCCGUUACUUUCUUUGUUACUUCCUUUAUAUUUCUCUUUUUGUUUAUUAGUUUCUUUGUUUCUUAAUCUUUGUUACAUUCUUUGUGUUUCUUUUUUGUUUUUGUCUCUCUGCUACUUCCUUUCUUUUUUACUUUGUGUGUGUUUCUUUUUUUGUUUGUCGCUUUCUUUGCUAUUUCUUAUUUGUUACUAUCUUUUUUCUUUCUUUGUUACUUUCUUUGUUACUUUCUUUUUAUGUUUGUCAGUUUUUCCUACUUUCUUUGUUACAUUCUUUGCUCCUCUUUUUGUUUUUGUUUCUUUCUUUUCUAUGUGUUUGUUUGUUUUUUCUUUCUUUCUGUUUCUUUUUUGUUUUGUUUCUUGGGUAAUUUCUCUGUUUCUUACCUUUUCUUUGUUUCUAUUUAGUUUUUGUUUCUUUUUUGUUACGUUCUUUCUUGGUCACUUUCUUUGUGUUUCAUUCCUUUGUGUGUCGAUGAGGAAUUGUAUCACAUAUCCUUUUAUUGGUGACGUUUCUCUUCAACUUGUUUCGUUCUCUUUUCUUCGUCAUGCUUGUCUUUUUUUUUUUCUUUUUAAUUACGUUUUUUUUUUCCUUUUGAUUGGUGACAUUUCGGCGUCUUCUUCUUUUUCACUUAUUCUAUCUCCCUUCGUUUUAGGCUUUUGCAUUCUUCUUUAUUCUUUCUCUUUUCUUUUUCUUUCAUUUCCCACCUUUUUUUUUCAAGGGCGCGAACGAUUCUCGAUCCUAGUUAUCAUUUCUCUUCUGAUGGAUUCAUUUUCAUUCUUUCAGUUUUCUUCUCGGAUUUGUCUCUCCACUUUCCAUAUUUAUUCUCAUUUCUCUUCUUUAUGGUCGUCAUUUCUUCCCAUCUUCUUCUUUUCCUCCUCCCUUUUUACUUUUCUUUUAUCUUUCUUCAUCUUUUUCUGCGCUGUUUUCUUCCUCUCAUCUCACCGUUUUUCUUUCCUUUUUCAUCCUGCUUCCGUUUAUCAAUUCUCUCAUCUUUCUUUCAUGUGUUUUCUUUCUUCUGGCUUUAUUUUUUUCUUCUUCCUUUACUUUUCCCUUCCCUCUUUCAUCUGUCUCAACGCGGCUAUCUUUUCCGACAAGGGGCACAAAGGCUCCUUGCCACUGACUGUUAUUCACUUUUCAAAGCGUUUUCGCCACUUUCUUUGUUAUUUCUCUCCUGACUCCUUUCUUUUUCUUCAUUUUUGUGUCUUUUCCUCUUGCCGUGUCUUUUAA